AUGGACUACCAGGAUUGCCAGCAUGAAGGCUGCAAUAUUCCGGCUGUGUUCUACAUAGAGGACAAGAAGCUGUAUGGGUGCUCUCAGCACAGAGUUACACAUUAUUUGGAGUUUCCAUUUAUUGCUCUUAUUGACACUUUUGUGGUAAAAAAGCGAGUCGGAAUCCUUGAUGAAAAGCGCAAGGAGUUCGUUGCCUUUGCAGAGAAUCUUAAUAAUGGAGCCUGCUCUGAAGAAUACCAAAGCCUGAGUGACACAAUAAAAGAGGAGCUUCAGCUGAUCUUGGAGAAUUUGAAGAAAGCUAUCUCAGCUGGCAAACACUUCAAGUAUGAAUCUUUGUACAAAGAAGUUGGAAAUGUCGAGAAUCUUUUCUCAGAAGACAAAGAAUACAUUUCUGUAAUCAAGGCUUGGAGCAAAGGAUUGACUCAAGCUAGACUCGAAGACCAAAGAAGCAUCGAGCUAAUCAAGGUAGAGCUCAAGCAAAAAUACGAGAGCAAAGAAGAGCCAAUGAACAGAAGCAUCAGAAAGAAAUAUACUAACAUAGGAGUGCAAGGAGCAAAGAUUAAUGAAAUGACAAUACAACAAGAACAAAGAAAUAGACAAAUUGAGAAAUCUUUCUCCAAGUCAAUGAUGAAAUUAUAAAAGAAAAAGAAGCUGAGAUUGAAGAUCUUAGGGAACUUAAUCAAACCCUAUUAGAAGAUUGAUCAAACGAAAAUAAGGCUCUUGAAGAAAAAGUAAAGAUUCUUGUAGAGAAUCUUAAAGAGAUUCAAAAUGAAAAUGUUAAGCUUACCGAAGAAGCCAAGAAAGCUGAGUGAGACUUUGAUGAGUUGAUGCAAUCAUUAACUUCCAACCUCAGCACUUCAGAUUAUUCAGACUUCAGUCUCCUCUACAAAACUAAAAUAUAAUUUACUAUUACUGGGUUGAAUCAACAGUUUGGGAAUGAGUCUACAUUGAAAUUGAUAAGUUUGAUCUUAACAACAUUCAUGAGAACUACCGAGAAGUAAAGACUUUCAUAGCCAAUUGUUUCCCAAACAAAGUGAGAGAGUUAAUUUUCAAUUACGGCACUUCUCAAAGGUGUUCUCUGUCCUUUUACUUGGAGGAACUGGUAGGAGUGAGCCAGAGAGUCACUGGCGCUCUGUAUAUUUGUAAUUUUGAAGUCUCUCAGGACCAACUCGUUCCUUUCUUCUCUGCAAACAGACAUAAAGAGUUGUUUGGAUUUCCUUACUGCAAGCUCGACCUUUCUUCUGCUCCUUAUUUCGGAGGAAGCCUUGCAGGAAGUACGUUGGAAGGAUUAGUUUUGGAUGGCUGAUUUGGGUCUUUGUAUGGAGGCUGAAGUAACAAUGAGUCCCACUUUGAAAACCUCAUUGCUGGUCUUUCACAAGAGGAGGAUUUUAGAAAGAACCUGCAAAACAUCUAUAUGCUUUAUUGUGGAAUAGAGAAGAAUGUGGUGAAAAAUAUUUUGGCUAAUCAUGGCUUUGGACAUGUAGAAAUUGGAUCACAUUCGAAGUAGAUGGCAAAACUGAAACUGUC